AUGUCUACCGUCUUGAGCAAGAUCGCUGAUGGCAAGAUUCUCCCGCAUGAUCCUCAACCUGGGUCUGAACAGGGACCUGACGUAAAGUCGGAAGUACACACCCAGCUACCCAGCUCCGAUGAGCUUCAGUCCUCCACCAAAAAGCAGUACACAACUCACAGAAUGCGAGUACCAGAACUGCUUAACCCUGCUUCGACCAGUUCUGAGAUGAUGCUGCCCGAAUCAAGCCAAUCUGCCGAGGAACAACCCGGCCUGACUCAGCCAGAGUCAGAUAAUUGGAAUGAUAAAAAGACUGGGCUCACUCUGGGCAAUGGCCAGUUGAGGCUGAAGAUUGAGAACUGGCAGACACCGUGCCCGACGUUCAUCGUGGAGAACAACCCCAAGGGCAACCCUAAGGGAAACCUUCAGGGGGUUGUUGAAGGCCCAAAAUUGGUAUACAUUGACUUCACGAUUCCCACCAAUCACCCAGGUGGCAUGCUGGGGAUCAUGCAAUCGAUCGAAGCACUCUUCAUGUUUCCACAGAAGAUUGGCAUGAAGAACAUCGAGCCAGGUUGUGCAGCGGCUGAUCGAGAGUCAAAUAAUCCAAAGAGAGAGAGCCAUUACAUCGACUGGACAUCCCAACGGGACACAUGCGGCUGCCGAGUAACCUGGAUGAAAGCGAAAGAAACAUCGCCAAUCAUCAAGUUCAAGUUCGUCAGUAGACGGAAUGAAAGACGCGAGGAGCAGAUGAUAGCCACCGUUGAUGAGCGUGACCCGUUUUAUCAGAUGAUCUCUAAAAAGGACCCUAACACUUACGGCCAAUACAUGGCACUUCCGGUCCGGAUUUGGCUGCGCAUUCAGUGGAUGAUUGCAGAGACUGGGGACACUGGUGACAGCAAACUGUUUGGAAAAUUGAUUGCUGAUCACAAUCCCCCUUUUCGAAGAAAGAAUAAAGGGAGAAUGGCAUCAAAGAACAUGCCAAACAGAGCCCAAGAAUCUUCCACGGCUCAAGAAGGAAGUUCUAAAGACGAAAAGUCCGAUGCGUCAGUUGUGCCAAGAACGCGGCAGUCAGUGUUAGGGCAAGAACAUACAAUGGAGAUAAUGGGAAGUCAAGAGUUGACCGAGGAAGAGUUGCUUCAUGAAGAGUCGCCACAUGAAGAGUCGACCGAGAAAGGGUUGGCCAAGAGAGUUUCUACGCUCACUAUUGAUACCCAGAAAAGCAACAAAAGGUCAAAGGGCAAGGGUAAGCGUAAGGGCAAGCGCACGCCUGGUUGGUCUGGCUCCGACUCAGGAAAGAAGGACGCAGACCACGUCACCCGUCACAUUAAAGAAUGUGUUACAGACCAACGUGGUGACCAACAUUGUGACAACCAGCGUGUCGACUUACUUUCGGGGGUGCAGGACAUCGCUCGACGGGAUGUCCAGACUGAGCAGCAGCUUGCGGCAGUUGCUGGCCAACAAACAGUCAAUGCCCCCCGAUCCCCUAUUACCCCCAUCACCCCCAAUGGCUUGACUGCCCCAUUUUCUCCAUCAUUCGAGACGGCCCGAACCCACCCCUCCCCCCCACACUCCCCUCCCCUCAUCCUCACUUUCACCUUUCUUCACACCUAUGAGCACCCCAUGGAAGAAAGAGAAUAG